AUGACAUACCAAUACAAGAAGCCCUCUUCUACUGAUCCGAAGGGUAAAAACUUGUUGAUCGAGGAAAAAGUGAUAGAAGAUACAACAAUAAUUAGCGAUCUGAUGUAUGAAGCAUCUGAUGAAGUGAUUUAUGGCGAUAGCCAUGAGACUUUGGUCGUUUAUAAGAGUCUGCUGACUCCCAAAGGAAAUUUGGGGGAUGAUUUAUUGAGAACCAAUAUUUUUCAUACUACCUGCACCAUCACGGAUAAUGUUUACAAGAUGAUUAUCGACAACAACAGUUGUGAGAAUGCUCUGGAUGCCGCGUUUACUCAUUACGAUGCAGAACAACAUAAGCAUUCAACAAAAAAUGGAGCCAAACCGAAUGGUUAUAAAAUUGUUAUGGAGCAAGAACUAUUAAUUGAGGGUGAUGUGCAAGUGUUGGGUGAUUCGUCAAGCUCAAAUACAGUUGAUGCUCCACAAGUUGGGAUGUAUUUUUCAUCUGAAGAAGAAGUCCGUGCUUUUUACAAAUCAUAUGCCCAAGGUCUUGGUUUUGGUAUUUCAAAGUUGGGUUCCAAAAAAGGAGAUGAUGGUCAGAUAAAGUAUUUUUCAUUCGGAUGCUCUAAAAAUGGUAAGACCGUUCCUAGAGUGAAAAAUUCCUUUUAUCCUAGAGCUUGUAGCAAAACAGAUUGCAAAGCAAAGAUUAAUAUUACAGUUCAGAAUGAUGAAUUAUGUGUCAUUACUAGUAUUCAACUAGAACAUAAUCAUGCAUUAAGUCCAAGGAAGUCAAGACAUUUUAGAUGCAAUAAAGUGUUAGAUUCCCAAACUAAGAGGAAAUUAGAGUUGAAUGAUCAAGCGGGAAUAACUUUGAGUAAAAGUUUUCAAUCAUUUGUUGUUGAAGCUGGUGGUUAUGAAAAUUUAUCGUUUGAUGAGAGAAAGUGUAGAAAUUAUGUGGCUGAAGCUCGGAGAUUAAGGCUUGGGAAUGGUGAUGCAGAAGCCUUGAAUAAUUACUUUUGUCGUAUGCAAUGUAGAAAUUCAAAUUUCUUUUAUGUAAUUGAUGUAGAUGAAGAUUCUCGCAUAAGAAAUAUAUUUUGGGCUGAUGCAAGAUGUAGGGCUGCAUGUGAUUCUUUUUCUGAUGUCGUUACAUUUGAUACCACAUAUCUUACUAAUAGUUAUGAUAUGCCAUUUGCUCCGUUUGUUGGAGUAAAUCAUCAUGGUGAAUCUAUAUUACUUGGUUGUGGUUUGAUAUCUAAAGAAGAUUCAGAAACUUUCAUUUGGUUAUUUAAAUCAUGGUUGGCAUGCAUUAGAGGAAGAGCUCCACGAGCUAUUAUUACGGAUCAAUGCAAAGCCAUGGAAAUUGCAAUUCUUGAGGUAUUUCCGGACUCUCAUCAUCGGUUAUGUCUUUGGCAUAUUAUGAAAAAACUUCCAGCUAAGUUUAGUAGUCAUGCCGAUUAUAAGUUGAUAAAGAGAAACUUGAAGAAUAUUGUUUAUAAUUCUUUGGCAUCUACAGAAUGUGAUAGCAACUGGAAAAAAUUUAUCAAAGAAUUUAACUUGGAGAAAAAUGAUUGGUUGAAUUCUUUAUAUGAAAUUCGUCAUAAGUGGAUGCCUGUGUAUGUGAAAGAUAAAUUUUGGGCAGGGAUGUCGACAAGUCAAAGAAGUGAAAGUAUGAAUGCUUUUUUUGAUGAUUAUGUUCAUUCAAAAACAACUUUGAAGCAGUUUGUUGAACAAUAUGACAAUGCUUUGAAAAGCAAGAUUGAAAAGGAAGAUAAUUCUGAUUUUGCAUCUUUUAAUUCAAUAAUUCCGAUUAUCGGUGGCAAUCCAAUUGAAAAGCAGUUUCAAAGUGUUUACACUAACAAGAUAUUUAAGUUGUUUCAAAAUGAACUACGAGGUUUGAUGUUUUGUAAUACUUCAUUUAUGAAGGAAGAAGGAUCAACAUUGUUUUUUGAGGUGAUGGAAACUGUAUAUGGAAAAGAUGGAACAACUCCAAAAGAGAUUUCCUUUUGGGUACAAUAUAGUGAGUUACAAUGUGAGAUGAAGUGUUUGUGUCGUCUCUUUGAGUUUCGUGGAAUUGUGUGUAGACAUUUGCUUUCUGUUUUGGUAAAAAGAAAAGUCACUACAGUUCCAGAAAAUUAUAUUUUGGAACGAUGGCGCAAAGACAUUAAACGUGGAUAUCAAGGAAUCACUAAUAUUUAUGAUGAUUCUUCUCAGCAUGCAGAGGAAAGACGAAGAUAUAAUAAUCUUCAACCAUUGUUACAGGAAGUGGGACAACUUGGGUCAAAAAAUGAUGAGAGAUGUUUUGUUUUAAUAGGGAUAUUAAAAGAAGCAAAAAAAAAGUUUAUGGAUACCAAUAUUGGCGAUUCAUUGGAUGGUAUUCAGGAUAGCAACAUAAUACAUGAGGAAUCAAGAAAUGAGAGCAAAAAAUUUCAUAGCCCACUGAAAGUAAGGUCUCGUGGACGUCCACCCACGAAAAGAAAACAAUCCAAAAUUGAACAAAUUGAGAAAAGGGCAAAGGCAAAGUCUCGAAAAAAGGGUUCUAUAAUUGAUAGAAAGCAAGAUGACUUAUCAAACAUUGAAGAAAUUGAUAAAUCUGCAGAGAGUCAGAGAUUGUUUAGAUUGGAUAAAGAACUGUUGGUUCCUAAUGAUGUUGUUCAGACAAUGGAGAGAACAAGGUCUUUUGAGAAGCCUAUUGAUUUGUUACAAAUGCAUGCUGAUUUGUUGAAGGAAGGCAAAAGUGCAAAGAUGAAUUUUGAUUAA